AUGAACAUAGGAAGAAGUAACCUGAAACAAGCAGCUUCAGAGCAAGACUUCACGCUUGAGGAAUGCCAAAGCAUCGCUAAGGUCCUCUCUCUCAGAGGCUCCAAUCAAAUUGAGAUAAAGGAUGCAAGAGGAAAGAAAUCAUUAGCAUUGUUUCCAGCUAAGUUUCGCCAGAGCAUGUGGAUCAGACGAGAAUCAGAUUCUGGAUCAGAGUCUGAUUCAUUGAAACUUUGCUGCCAUGGCUUUCACAACAGGGUCUCUUAA